AGCAGCCGCUGCUCUCAAAAGCCUUGUACACGUUCAUUCCGCGUCCUACCAGUUCUCUACGUUGCCCAACCAAGAUUGACUGUAACUUCUCUGAAGAUGUGGUUGACAGACAUGCAAAAGAUUGGCGUGGCCUUGACUUCGUUCGGUGGCCUAUUCAUGCUCCUUGGAGUAGUGUUGUUUUUCGACGGUGCGCUCCUUGCGCUCGGAAACAUCCUCUUCUUGGGUGGACUCUUCCUUAUCAUCGGGCCACAGAAAACCUUUUACUUCUUUGCACGAAAGAACAAGCUGCGCGGAACGGUGUGUUUUCUUGGCGGUAUCAUAUUGGUAUUUAUCAAAUGGCCAUUUGUCGGCUUCAUCCUCGAGACAUUUGGGUUCCUCAACCUCUUCGGAGACUUCUUCCCUGUCAUUCUGACCUUCCUACGACAACUGCCAUUCAUCGGAAACCUACUCAAUAUGCCAUAUAUUCGAACAGUCGUAGAUCGGCUAGCAGGCUCUCGAACUUCAAUUGUAUGAUCCUCAUGCGGAGUGGACCUAGAGAAUAUAUAUGCACGCUGCAGAAAGUCUUCCGGCUUUGCCAGAUG